AUGUCCCUUUUCCAGUUUGAGUGUUGUGGCGUACGCAGCUAUAGAGACUACAAUGGAAAGGUCCCCAUAUCUUGCUGCAUCGCUUCACGAAGCUCUUGCAACUCCGCAGAUUUGAGGGAGGAUGAAAUAUACAGAGAUGGCUGUUUGGACAAAUAUAAGGAAGGCGGAGUGAAUUUCUUGCACAUUCUCUUCCUAGUUGUCUUUGCAAUCUCCUUCUUCGAGAUCUUCGGCCUCCUAUUCUCAAUCAUCAUGUGUUGUAUCGUCCGAAAAUACACAAGUGAUUACUAUGAAGUGGAUUACGCGCCGACAUCUUAA